GACUUGGCUGUGUGUGUGUUUGCAUGUGUGUGUGUGUGUGUGUGUGUAGGGGUCUUCUGGCCCUUCCUCCACUGAACCCCACACACCACAGACCACAGUGAACCAGCAGAUGAACAGCAGCACCUCUCUGCACGGCUUCAUAAUCCAUUUACAGGAGGGCAAGAUGAAGUUGUUGAUCUGGCUCAGUAUUCUCCUCUGCCUCUUUGCCUGUCAUUUCACAGAGGCCAGAGUCAUCCCAGAAGGAGUGCCAUAUGAUGAACCACCAGCUGUUCCCUACUGGCCUUACUCCACCUCUGACUUCUGGAACUACGUGGAAUACUUCAAAUCAAUUGGUGCCUACAACCACAUCAAUGAGAUGGCCCGGGCCUUCUUUGCCCACCAGCCCCUCGGAGAUACCCUGGGAUAUGAGACCAAUGCAGGACACGAACACUGAGGGGGGUGGCAGGAGCCUGGAGGGGGAGAAAGGGUAGAAAGGGACCUAUUACAUCCAAAGUAACUAUACAGGAAUGCAUUUCUUACUUUGAUGGAAAGGAAAUAUGAGGAGAGAAGGAAAAUAAAUAAAAUAUGCACAAGAAAUAUAUAAAAUAAAUGGGGUCAUGGAAAAGAGCAGCAAAUACAAAAUGACCCCCCCUUAGAAGUUUAACACUUUGUGUGUUACUAUAGCAUAAAGGUAGAAUUCAGAGUUAGAGGAAGUAGAACUUAUGUAGGAUUGUAUAACCUCUUCAUGUAAUAUACCACAAAUAAACAUGUUUCAAAUACCUAA